AUGGAGUACUCGGAUGUGACACGCCUUAUCUCUGCCCUUGAAGCUUGGAAAAUAUUAAGGUUGUCCUUCCCUCAUGCUGGCGUUGUCGGUUUGCGACAAGCGGAACAAAAGGCCUUACAGUCAAGCAACCAGGACUCACAGCUGGAAAAAUCGCUAGGUGAUCAGGAUGAAGCUGAAGUCAUUUGGCCUGGCGGAGCUGCGACUGGCUAUGCGUUGUCAACCACGUCGUCCUUUACCGUUCACGGCGGCAGCAUUGAGUUUGACCCGCUCUCUCUAGAGGGCGCCCUUUUUAAUAUUGAUCAAGGUGCUGUUGGCCCUUUCGACAGGGAUGCUUCAGAUAUGCUUAUAAGUGGCACGCCAGGCCUCGGGGCUCUGAGUAGUGAUAGCCCUGAAAUGUCACCUUCAUCCUGGGGCCUCGCUAGCUCUAUACUUCACAACACCAAUUACCCACGCGAGAAGCAGACAAGUAGUGGACUGCAUGCCAUUCACAUAGCCUCUAAAAAGGGGUUCGCUUCCAUCGUUCAUGUGCUGCUCAAGAAUGGAGCCAACCCAAAUCUUGCUGACAGUCGAGGGAGGACUGCGAUGCACUACGCUGUUGAAGGUAACCACUACGAGUCGGUGAAGGUGCUGUUCCAUUGGGGAGCGGAUCCACUGGCGGAGGACCUUUCUGGCCAGAACAGUCUUUAUUUAGCCGUUAGUAAGGGAUAUUAUGGUAUGGUGUGUCUUUUGAUGGAUCAUGGCGUGAAUCCAAAUCUCGCUCUUGCGGACGACGUUGAAUGUCAGGAGGUGUUCUUUGCAGGCACAUUAUAA